AUGAAUCCAAGGCUGGUUGGCCGGUCUGAUGUGAUAUGCAACGAUGAGACGCGAUUCGCAGAGAGCAAGCCAAUCGAUGUGAGACGAUGCAUCUGUCACACACAUGACAUCCACCCAUGGGAUGUUCUCGUCAAUAAUGAACGAUGGCCCGGCAAGAUCCGACUCGUGGGCUACAUUGACGUAUUCUUCCUAAUGUGCUAUUCCGGCGAGUCUCGGUUCGAGCACGGCAUCAUCAUCUACACUUUGCGCAAAUACUAUUCUUUAAACACGGAAUCUGUCGGCAACAAGCACACAAUCGUCAGCCUUGGCCACCCCAUAGGCCUCUCCAACAAGUGCACAAAGUCCAAGCUGAAAAAGUAUACAAUCGUUUUACACAAGGGCCAUACUCCAGCUAUGCAAAAAGAGAUUCAGCGCGGCGUCAUGCAACAUGGCGUCGUAAGACUGCUCAGUGAUGCCCUCAAGCUUGGUAUUGUUUCAACCGCCGAAAUCAUCAACAAGAUCAAGGAAACCGUCCUCAGCGGAUCCAGUUUGGAUGCUGUCACGACCAAGUCUAUGAAUGCUCUGGCGACUUCAAGGUCGUCGGGUGAUAAGGCUUAA